AUGACAUCGCCAAACGAUACAGAGUCCGCAUCCACCCCACCAAAGGACGAGACCCCUUCCAACCUCCUCAGUAACCUACCACACAAACCAGAAAGUGCACCACCCAAGCUCAACGACAACACCGUCCCCAACACCCCAGACGAAACCCAAUCGCUGGCUCAAAGAAUCCAUCAACGGGUAUCGUAUGUAAGAGCAAUCAUGAACUACCUGAAGCAAUCCGAUUCAGUUACCGAGUAUGAAAAGCAGAUUAGCCAUUUGGAAAUUCAUAUCGAGUCUCUAGAGGAGCAUUUAAUAUGGUUUCAGGAGCUCCGCAGGAGAAUGUCGUCUCCUGGGUUGCGCAGCGAGUGUGAGGAGAGAAUUGCAUGCAUAGAAAAGUUUAAAGAUGUUCUUGAGACGGGAAAGAAGAUUCUGUGUUUAACUCUGAGGUCGAAAAAUUUGGAUUCUGAGAUCCAUCGGUUAUUGACUGAGAAGAAGUCGACGGUAGGCAAAAUAAGACAAUUGAAACUCAAACUCGAUGGGUUUGGAUUGGAGGGGGGUAAUCAGUGA